AUGACUAUGCGAGCUAAUAUCGAACACCACGAUGCCCCCGUUUCAGGUGGUGCGUCAAACAAAGCCAAUAAUGCCAUUGAGAAAAGUCAGAUCAACAGCGAGUCGGACGUCAAACAUCAUGUAUUGAUCGACCUCAUCCACGAGAUUGCCACAAACGAUCCUGAUCGAGUUUUUACCUACACUCCAUCAUCCUCUGAUACUCAGGAUGGUUGGAAGCCAGUAACCCACCUCCACCUCGCCAACGCUGUCGAUUACCUCGCCCACGACAUCUCCAAAACCGUUGCCAAAUCCUCAGACGACGAGGUUCCUACAGUCGCAUAUAUCGGCCCCAACGACUUUCGAUACACGGCCAUUCUACUUGCUUGCGUCAAAGCAGGUUGCAAGGCCCUUUUCAUCUCUCCACGAAACACCCCCGCCGUUCAGCUCUCCCUCUUCGAAACUACGGAUUGUCGAUACCUCUAUACAAUCGAGUCGUUCAAAUCGGCCAUGCAGUCCUGCCUCGAUCAACGAACAAUGGAAGUUGCCAUGAUAGAGAGUAUCGACACCCUCCUUAACGUGACUCCCAAGCCUUUUCCAUACAGUCGAACUGUCGAACAGGCCCGAUGGGACCCCCUUGUUGUUCUUCACACAAGCGGUUCCACUGGAGUCCCCAAGCCCGUCUUCCUGAAACAAGGAAUUCUGUACGCCUUGGAAGAUUAUCUCACCCUACCCAACUUCCAUGGUUCUCCCUAUACCUUCAAUGAAUGGGCCGAACGGGCGAGCAAGAUCUUUAUGGGGAUGCCCAUGUAUCAUGCUGCAGGAACGUAUCUCCCUCUAACAUUCAUAUACACUGGUCUCUCUGCGGUUAUGCCGUUUCCCAAUCAGCCUUUGAAUGUUGAUACAGCCAUGGACUACUUGAAGCACAGUGGUGCUGAUGGUGCAAUGCUGCCCCCCUCCGUUGUCGAUGAGUUGGCAGCUACUGAAGAGGGUACGGAGGCUCUGGCCAAGCUCAAACUCCUUAUUACUGGCGGCGGGAGCCUGUCGACCGAAGCCGGGAAUAUGUUGGCAGAGAGGGGUGUCGUCUUGAGGAACGUGAUUUCAUCAACUGAUCCCCAAGACCCCAAGCUAUGGCGAUACUUCAUCUUUAACUCUGAAGUUAUGGGUAUUGUCUGGCAACGCCAUGACUCGAAUGAGUAUGAGCUUGUGGUCCGUCGCAAGGCAUCGGAUCCCGACAACCAAGGUUGUUUCUACAAUUUUCCCGAAUUGUCCGAGUGGCGUACCAGCGACAUCUUUGAACCUCAUCCAACGCUCAAGGAUCACUGGCUAUACAAAGGUCGGGCCGACGACAUCAUUGUAUUUUCCAAUGGCGAGAAACUGAAUCCAGUCACCAUCGAGGGUAUCGUAUCGGACCAUCCUCUCGUCAAGUCAGCCCUUGUCGUCGGCCAGAAAAUGUUUCAGGCAGCUCUCAUCAUUGAGCCCGUCGCGGAGGCUCAGCCGAAGGACGACACCGAGGCGAAGGCUCUUCUCGAUAAGGUUUGGCCCACGAUCGAGAAAGCCAAUGCUGAGACCGUUACGCAUGGACGAAUUGCCGCGAACUUUGUUGCUUUUGCCGAUCCUGCUUUACCGUUUGCCCGCGCUGAUAAGGGGACUGUGCAGCGUGGUAAAACUGUCAACCUGUACGCCGACUUCAUUUCGGCUUUGUAUGAGAAGGCUGAGAUGCUUGGAGUUGGAGAUGGUCCAGCUAUCGCCCUUGACUUGAGUGACGACGACACUUUGACUGGCUCUAUCAUCGAUCUUUUCGUUACCAAGCUUGGAGUUGAGAAGCUCGAACCGGAUACAGACUUCUUCUCCGUCGGUGUUGACUCCUUGCAAGUCAUGACUGCAACCAAUUUGCUGCGGGGUGCCCUACAUAGAGCUGGCGUUGAUACUUCCCCAAUUACACCUCGAAUCAUCUAUCGCAACCCUACAGCAAAGGUGCUGGCUAAGUAUAUCCGGUCCUUGAGAAGUGGAGCCAGCGACGACGACGAAGAGACGCAGGAGAUCAAUCAGAUCAAGGCACAGGUCGCAAAGUAUACCAAGAACCUCCCAGUGCCCAGGACUGGAAAGCAGGCGCCUCUGGACGACGGCCAAACAGUCAUCGUCACGGGUACAACAGGUUCUUUGGGAGCUUACAUGCUUGACCAGCUCUGCCGUUUAGAGUCUGUCAAGAAGAUAAUUUCUCUCAACAGGAGUGACGAUGGCGGCAUAUCUCGACAGCCUUCGAUCAACGAGUACCGUGGCUUGACAACAGAUUUCUCCAAAGUCGAGUUUCUCCACGCCAACCUAUCGCUUCCCGAUUUUGGCUUGGGCCAGUCCAAGUACGAUUCUCUUCUUGCCGACGUCGAUCGUGUUAUUCACAACGCUUGGCCUGUGAACUUUAAGUUCACCAUGUCUUCGUUUGAAAGCCAUGUCCGAGGUGUACGACACCUCGUCGAUUUCUCUUCUGCAGCUUCCAAGAACGUACCUAUCAUCUUCAUUUCGUCCAUUGGCACUGUUGAUAGAUGGUCCUCGCCUGAUGCUGUGCAUGAGGAGGCGUUGCAUGAUCUUUCCUUGCCUAGUAUGGCCUACGGACGAUCCAAGCUCGCUGCGAGUCUCAUACUCGACGCAGCUGCAGAGCAAUCCGGCGUCCCGACCGUUUCGGUGAGAGUUGGACAAAUUGCGGGUUCGAGAGGAGAGAAGGUCUAUCUUGGAGUCCUGCCUGACCAUCUCGGUGGGCAACAGGAGAUAGCUUGGACUCCCAUUGAGGAUAUUGCAGGGCUUAUUCUCGAUGUUGCGGGCAUCACGGUUCAGAAGUCUAUCUCUGAGAUCUCUGGAUACUUCCAUGGCGUCAACCCUGCUACUACCAGUUGGUCCGACAUUGCUCCGGCAGUUAAAGACUUCUACGGCAACAGGAUGAAGGUGGUGAGUGUUGAAAAAUGGGUUGAGAAGUUGGAAGCUAGUUCGAAAGAGGAGAAUGUGGACUUUGAUAAGAACCCUGGCGUUAAGCUUUUGGAUUCUUAUCGUGGAUUAUACGCUGGAGGCAAGGAUGCUCAGCCGGUUAAGCACGGGAUGGAGAGGACCACGAGCCAUAGUCCAACAAUGAGGGAGCUUGGACCGAUUACACCCGAGCUCAUGAGGAACUGGUGCCGCCAAUGGGGAUUUUAG